GACUUGCCCCGAUUGCGAACUCCUCCUGCUGGAAAUACCAAAAUGUCCUUCCCGUUUACCCUCGCACGGAGGGCAGCUGCUCUCUCUCUCUCCCAAAUAGCGGCCUCCGCUUCCUCUUUUACAGCAGCCGAACCUCACGCGGUACUAGCUCAGAAAGACUGAUAUCGCCCUACCAACCAGCUCAAUCGCAGGUAAAUUCCUUGUUUCCUUCACUAGCUCCAAUCCUUUUCCCCGAUCGGACUCUAGUCUAUACUUCACAAGCGAGUUCCUUGCUCAAUGAGCAUUUCUUGUUCGGGUCAACCCAUUUUAUGUAUCUGGGCCUUUUCGUUUUUAAUUGGUAUCCCGAAAUUUGAUUGUACAAACCUUUUGGAUCUGUAUAUGCUAAGAAUUCUCGAUCUUUUAGUGGGCUUCUUCAGUUUGGUGGGUACUGUAGAGUUCCAGAUAUAAUGGGUAUUAGAAAUGAACUCUAUUUAUCUAUUCGGUCCCAGAGUUUUUCGCAAAAUAUCCUACUUUUUGUUCAUUUCUCGAGAGUUCUGCGACCGCAGCUUUUAUGGUGAUAAGGUUGAUAAUGGGUUUCGAGUAAUUGAGGAACCCUUGAAAAGAGCGUGGAGAUAUUCAGAUUUUGAUCCUAUUUCGGAAGAAAAACCGAGCACCAAUGUAGAUGAAACGCAUGUCCGGGGACUCUCAGCGAGGCGGGUUUUCUUUGAUAAUGUCAAGAUUGAUGCUAGAAGGGUUCUUGAUGUUCUCGAGCAAGAUGGCCCAGGAUUUGAUACGAAAUUGGCUCUAGACGAGUUGUAUGUAAGGCUUUCGGGGCUUCUCGUCAGGGAAGUUCUAUUGGGGAUUUUGCGGAAUGUAAAUCAUUCUAAUAAGUUGCGGUGUGCGAAAUUAGCGUAUAAGUUUUUCGUGUGGUCUGAUCAGCAGGAGAAUUACAGGCACACGUUGAAUUCUUACCAUUUAAUAAUGAAGAUAUUUGCAGAUUGUGAGGAGUUUAGGGCAAUGUGGAGGCUAGUUGAUGAGAUGACUGAAAAUGGGUUUCCAACUACCGCACGAACAUUUAACAUAUUGAUAUGUACUUGUGGUGGGGCAGGAUUGGCAAGGAAAGUUGUGGAGAGGUUCAUCAAAUCAAAGACAUUUAAUUAUCGGCCGUUCAAACAUUCAUACAAUGCAAUUCUAGUUUCCCUUCUCACGGUAAACCAAUACAAGUUGAUUGACUGGGUGUAUCAACAUAUGUUAGGUGAGGGUCAUUCUCCAGAUAUCCUAACUUAUAAUGUUGUCAUGUGUGCGAAGUAUAGGUUGGGGAAGUUGGAUCAGUUCCAUAGACUGCUUGAUGAAAUGGGUAGAAGUGGAUAUUCUCCAGACUUUCAUACGUAUAAUAUUCUUCUUCAUGUUCUAGGUAAAGGAGACAAACCGCUUGCAGCACUUAAUCUUUUGAAUCACAUGAAGGAAGUGGGUUUUGACCCAAGCGUUCUUCACUUCACUACAUUGAUAGACGGACUUAGCCGGGCUGGAAAUUUGGAUGCCUGCAUCUAUUUUUUCACUGAAAUGAUAAAGAAUGGUUGUACACCAGAUGUGGUUUGUUACACUGUGAUGAUCACGGGAUAUAUUGUGGCUGGGGAGUUUGAAAAAGCUCAGGAAAUGUUUGAUGGGAUGAUAAUCCAGGGACAUCUUCCCAAUGUAUUCACAUACAAUUCCAUGAUUCGUGGGUUUUGUAUGGUGGGAAAAUUUGAGGAGGCAUGUUCAAUGCUUAAGGAAAUGGAAUCUAGAGGUUGUAAUCCAAAUUUCCUUGUGUACAGCACACUAGUGAGUAAUUUGAGAAAUGCUGGAAAACUUUCUGAAGCUCAUGAUGUAAUAAGACAUAUGGUGGAAAAGGGGCAGUAUGUUCAUCUUCUCUCGAAGUUCAAGAAAUAUAGGAGAUGCUGAAGCAGCAGAAUAUUUAUUGGGAGAUUAUUCUCUUGUAACCUCAUAGGAUCAUGACUUGUUCAAUUCAUCCAGCUCAGUUGACACGAUGUACUCUCAGCUGUUGUUAUCAUAGAAGUAAAAAGAGUAAAUUAUCCCAUGUAUUCCGCUUGAAGUGACAGCAAUAAUUUCCAGGCAAUGCUGAAUUAGCCAUUGGCAUCAACCCAGUCAUCAUCGGUUGACUCCUGCAAUCCUGAAGUGAGCAUCUGUCUGCAAUGAAUUUUAAAAUUUAUGUCUGGAAGUUUGGGAAGGAGUUACCUUUUGGCUAUUGCUUUGCGAGCUUGGAGCAAAACGCCCAGGCAGCUACCUGUGGAGCAUCAUGUCAGAGCCAUAUUGUGGUUUCAAGGUCAGGAUUUAGUUGUCUUAUAAAACCGCGUGGGUUUAGUAACUAAGAAUCAGGAUUGAUUUGGAAGACGCCGAAGAGUUAGAUGGCAUCAUUUUAAGAGAGCAUAUUUACAUUCAUUUUACAUAUAUUUUAGUCGAAAAAGAGGACAACAGCUUGAAUCAGUCCUGAAGAGCAUUAAUUACAAUAAGUUAUGGUCGUUGCUUCCCUGCCACUCUUUCAACUUAAACUGCUUAAAGCGAGAAGAUGUUUAGUGGGAAAUUCUUUUCGAUGGGGAAUGCAGAAGUAAACCAUCACUUUAAUGAUGUGAGAUAAUAAUAUUUGAAAAGGAGCAUUGGAAGAAGGUUGACGUGUAAUUUAAGUUCAACAUCGUUAUUAAAUGGCUCUAGAAAUUUGUUGAGUUUUGGCUGUAGGGGCUGCUGAUGAUGACACCAGGGUAAGGAAUUAGUAUAGGAAUUAUUGGUCAACUUAUAGGGAUAUGCACUGGAUAAUCCUUGUCUUUGAAAAUGCACUUAUUGGAUAGCAGAAAUUUUACACGGGCAUAUGUGGCAGCUUCUCGCACAUAGCCUUGAAAGUUGAACUUGGGUUCGCCUGGAUGUGCAACAACCGCUUCACUGAGAACUUGGGUUGGCCGAGGCUAUCUUUCCUGCUCCAACAGCCACGAUGACGGUGAGUUUCAGCCGGCUUCCCUUCUACUCAGUGUGCCGAGAAGGGUUACUGUUCCAUGACUUUUGGGUCAUUUUCUGUCUAUGGGCCGUUCGUCCAUAGUUAUCUCAUUUAAAUUGGGUAGUAUGUAUGCCUAACCCCAUGUGCUACUUGUGGCCUUAUAUAUUAAAUUUUUUGUAAAAAUAAAAACCCUAAUUGUUUAACGUUUGCUCUAAAUGCUAAUAAUGGUAUAUACUAUAUUUUUACUCUUGAAGGACCAAGUUAUUUGAUAAA